AUGUCGGGUAUGCUUUUUGGGAUGGACACUGGCAUCAUCGGCGGUGUCAUCGUCCUCCCUGCUUUCACCAAGAAAUAUCACUUUGAUGGACUCAGCAAAAACGAAGCUGCAACACUGUCGGCUAACAUCGUCUCCUUCCUACAGCUUGGAUGCACCUUUGGCGCCUUGGUGGCGUAUCCUUUCGCCGACAGAUACGGGCGACGUGCUUCCUUGAUCGUCUCCGCCUUUAUCGGCCUCGUGGGGAUUGUAAUGCAAUUUGCAGCAUCGGGCUACCUUGGGUGCAUGUAUACAGCUCGGCUUAUUGCUGGAAUCGGGGCAGGCGCCUGUUCCAUGAUUGCUCCUUUAUACGUCUCAGAGAAUGCUCCUCGGGCUCUUCGCGGUGCACUCACUGGAACGUUUCAGUUCUUUAACACCUUUGGCGUCAUGCUUGCAUUCUGGAUUGACUACGGUGCCGAGCUUCAUCUUACCGGGUCUAGCUCUUACAUGGUGCCUCUUGCAACUCAGGGAAUACCAGCAAUCCUUCUGAUUGUUGGGAUGUUUUUCAUGAAUGAAUCCCCUCGCUUUCUUGCUAAGCGAGACGACUGGGAAAAGGCCAGAAAGGUGCUGUCUUUAGUGCGCAAUCUCCCUGAAGACCAUCCUUACCUACAGAACGAGUUUCGAGACAUCGCAAUCCAGCUUGAGCGUGAACGACUCCUGAUCAACGGUGCGGGGUGGCGUGCUCUGCAGCGCGAAAUGUGGACUAUUCCUGGCAACCGGAAACGAGCAUUGAUCAGCUUUAUUCUCAUGAUGUUCCAGAAUCUGACCGGUUCGAACGCCAUUAAUUAUUAUGGCAUUACUGGAACCUCAGUUAGUCUCCUGGCAACAGGAAUUUACGGCAUCGUCAAGAUGUGCUCGUGUGCGACCUAUCUAAUCUUCUUUGCCGACUCACUCGGGCGCCGACGAUCUCUUCUGUGGACAGCUAUUGCAAUUGCUUGCGAUAUGAUGUAUAUUGGGCUUUAUGUUCGCAUCUCACCUCCCAAAUCUGGGGUGCCAAUUUCCGGUGCCGGGUAUUUUGCCCUGGUGUGCAUCUACCUGUUUGCGGUGUUUUUCCAGAUGGGAUGGGGGGCUACGCCAUGGAUAUACGUGUCAGAGAUCCCCAGCGCAAGACUGCGAUCAAUGAACGUUUCUAUUGCAGCUUCCUCCCAGUGGCUCUGGAACUUCGUUGUUGCAAGAGCUGUGCCAAACAUGUUGGUAAAUAUGGGAAGUAAUGGAUAUGGAACCUACAUAUUCUUCAGCGUUUGCUGCCUAUGUUCGUUUGUAUUCGUAUGGUUCUUUGUUCCAGACACAAAGGGAAUGUCCCUGGAACAGAUGGACGACUUGUUCGGAGUCACCGAUCUCGUACAUCAGAAAGUGGGCGAUGAGCCCAUCAAUGCCAACGAUGGAGACAUAAAAAGCAUUCACGGAGCUGAGAUACUAGUUGAGAAUGCUGUACUAUGA